CUGAAGACCCGAGCCGCGCUAUGCAAAUCCGGGGGGAGGGGCGUAAAAUGUCCUUCUGCCCCGCCCUUGUGAGCGGGGAGCCGAUCGAUCACCGGGAGGGCGAAGGAAGACGGCAGCUGCUGGAAGGGGCGCCCGGGAGCACGGACAGCGCUGAGCGAAUGGACUAUCGGCUUGACCCAGCAUAAAGAGCCUUCCUCUGAUCGAUCGAACGGCCCGGAUAGGUUGGUAAUAUUAAAGCCUAGCACCAAAACUGGCAGAGAUGCUACAGAAGAAGUCACUAUGUGAUGGAUACAGCCAGGAUUGUUUUUUUCCUGUCCUAGCCAUUCAGCAUUCUUCUUGAAAGCAUCCCACUUUCUCAGGCACAGAUUGAGAGCACGAUGUUUUAUCUCUGCAUGAUAUUUGCUGUUGGCACAGUGCUUGUGUGCCGAGAAACACUUGCAAUUCGUAGCUGUUCAGUGGAAAACACGAUAGCCUUCUAUGAUUUCUGCAAUCUCACUUGGGUGCCACCUGUGCCUGAACAUGUUGAUAUUCUAUCCCUAAACUUCAAUUUCAUCCAAGAAGUUAAUGCAACCUCUUUCCCUCUGAGGGAGGAGCUAAAGAUUUUAUUCCUUGGAUCACAAAAACGCUUUCCCUUAACCGUAGGAAAAGAUGCUUUUAGGAACUUGCCAAACCUACAACAAUUGGAUUUGGGUGGCAAUAUAAUGAUGGUGUUAGACCCUGAUGCUUUUGUGGGCUUGUUUAGAAUCCGUAUUCUUAAACUGUAUCAAAAUAAUCUUGAUGGAUCCAUUCUGGAAGAGGAUUACCUCAGAGAUUUGAUUUCAUUGGAAUAUCUGGACCUCAAAUAUAAUAGACUCACUCACGUUCGCCCUCACAGUGUAUUUUAUAACAUGACAUCCUUGGACAUUCUAGACUUGGAUUCAAACCCUAUUGCUUCUAUCUGUGAAGGGGAUCUUAAUAAUUUCCAAGGAGCAAGGUUCAAACUUUUUAUUCUUCGUUUUACUAAACUGUAUACAAGAUCUGUGGAUUGGGCUACUUGUGGGAAUCCUUUAAAAAAUGUUAGCAUAGAAACACUGGACGUUGGGAGUAAUGGCUGGGGUACAACUCUAACACAGCGAUUCUGUGCAGCUAUUAGAGGGUCCCCACUGUUGGCGUUGAAGAUGUCCUCUCAUGGUAUGGGCACAUCAUUUGGAUUUAAUAAUCUUCCUGAUCCUGAUAUUAAUACAUUUGCAGGUCUUAAUGACAGUGGCCUCAUCUUGCUCGAUAUAUCAAAAGGCUGGAUUUUGACUCUUAAACCGCACAUAUUUCAAUAUCUCCAUGAUUUGAAGCUGCUGAAUCUAAACAAUAAUAAAAUAAACAAAAUUUGGAACAGAGCAUUUCUUGGUCUUCAGAAUCUGCAGUAUCUAUACCUAUCAAACAAUCUGCUUGGUGAGCUCUAUAAGGACACUUUUGAAGGGCUUCUUAAUGUAAUUCAUAUAGAUCUAAAACAUAAUCACAUUGGAGUGAUUGAUAGAGAUCCAUUCAAAUCCUUACCAAAGCUUCAAUACGUGGAUCUCGUGGAUAAUGCUUUAAAAGUAAUAGAUUCUCUCCCAAAUCUCAUCUAUGUUAUGUUAGGUGACAACCGGAUACAGACUACACCAUAUUGGAAAAUACAAUUUAUAAAUGCCACAGUCCUUGACUUAAAAGGAAACAGACUGGGGAAUCUGGGUGAUCUCUAUGAACUUCUCCAAUUUCCAGCCCUGGAGUAUCUUGUUUUAAAAAACAAUCGUUUAUCCUAUUGCUUCAAAUAUAAAGACAUAACAAAAGACAAUCAGUUGAUUUACUUGGACCUUGGAGACAACAUGCUAAAGCUUAUAUGGGAGAGGGGUUUGUGCUUGGAUGUGUUCAAAGCACUUUCCCGCCUGGAAAUUCUCUAUCUCAAUAACAACUACCUUACUUUCAUCCCAGAGGGUAUAUUUAGUGAACUAAUGUCACUCAAGACACUUAACUUGUCUAACAACCUGUUGACUUCCAUUUCUCAAGAUGCCUUUCCUACAAACCUGAAAGUUCUUAAUUUAUCAUCAAAUCAGCUAUUUUACCCUGAUCCUCAGCUCUUUGCAACAUUAGACCAGCUGGAUAUCACCCAUAACACAUUUUACUGUACCUGCCUAUUAAGCAACUUUAUUAUGUGGCUAAACCAAACCAAUGUUACUUUAGAUGGCUCACGCAAUGACAUAUUUUGUUCUGGACCACCAGAGUUUGCUGGUGUUCCUCUCCAAAGCUUAGAUACAGAGUAUUGCAAUGAAUACAAGCUCAUGGAGCCUCUGCAGCUGUCAGUCUUCAUUUUUGCCUGUGUUACUAUAACUGUGUUUCUAGUAGCAGUAGUUGUUUUUACUCGUUUUAGGGGAGUUUGUUUCUUCUGGUAUAAAACACUCACACAAUUCCUCCUGAAGGAGCUCCCACGAGAACUGGAUCAACAGGGACACAGUUAUGAUGCUUACCUUUGCUAUAGCAGCAAAGACUUCGAGUGGGUCCAAAGUUCCUUGAUAAAGCAUCUAGAUUCUCAGUAUUCUAAGAAGAACAGAUUUGCUCUUUGCUUUGAAGACAGAGAUUUCCUGCCUGGGGAGGAUCAUAUCAGUAGUAUUCAUGAUGCUGUCUGGAACUGUAGGAAAACAAUUUGUGUGGUCACAAAACAGUUUCUCAAGGAUGGCUGGUGUGUGGAAGCCUUUAAUUUUGCCCAGAGCAGGUAUUUCUCAGAACUGGAGGAUAGCCUUAUAAUGGUAGUAGCUGGAUCUCUUUCUCAAUAUCAGCUUAUGAAAUAUCAACCAAUCAGGAUCUUUUUGCAAAGGGGGCAGUACUUGAGAUGGCCAGAAGACCAUCAAGAUUUGGAGUGGUUUUUAAGCACACUGUCUCACCAAAUAAUGAAGGAAAAGAAAAUUAAGAAGCCCCCAGCCCUUGAAUUGAAGGUUAUAACCAAUUCCUAACAGACGUAGUUCCUAGCCACCAUGCAAUGUCAUAAGGAAGCUUACUUUCCAGAGAAUUUGUCAGUUCUGAUAUCAUACUGAGCCAUUCACUCUGUCCAAUGAGCUAGGUCUGGGGUGUCAAACUCAAGGGGUGCUUAGAUCUGGCCCGCAGGGCUGCCCUGGAAACAGUGAAGGACCAGCCUGCACAGCCCUCCCGAGCUCUGUUUUCACUGGCAGAGCACUCGGGCCACCACAGGCACCCCCAACAGGAAUGAUGUCCAGCUGGCCAUGCUCCUCUACCCCCGAGGUCAAACCCAACCCUGAUGCGGCCCUCAAUGAAAUCAAGUUUGACACAGAGAAGUAUUGAUACUUCUUUGUUCUCUGUUAUAUCUCUGGUAAACUUGACUUCAUUUUUUUUCACUGUAAAAUGUCAGAUUACUUAUUAUACUGUUAAUUUGUGGAAGCCAAGUUAUGGAUUAUUGGUAUACAGGUUGUCCUCAAUUUACAACCACAAUUGAGCCCAAAAUUUAUGUUGUUACGUGAGAAAUUUGUUAAGUGAGUUUAGCCCCAUUUUAUGAUUUUUCUUCCACAUUUACUGUAUUAAGUGAAUCACUGUUAAAUUAGUAGCAUGGUUGUUAAGUGAAUGUGGUUUCCACAUUGACUUUGUGUGUCAGAAAGUCACAAAAGGGGAUCACAUGACCCCAGGACACUACAACUGUCAUAAAUAUGAGUCAGUUGUCAAGCAUCCGAAUGUAAAUCACAUGACCAUGGGGAUGCUGCAAUGGUCAUAAAUGUGAAAAAUGGUCAUGUCACUAUUUUCAGUGCCAUUGUCACUUUGAAUGGUCACUAAACGAACUAUUGUAAAUCGAGGACUACCUGUAGACAGUUUGGAAGGCUGUUGCACAUGUAUAUCUCCUGAAAUAAAAGAAUGGUGCAGUUUAAUGCAACUGUAAAUGUUGCUGAUGUUGCUCAGCCCAAAAGGUGGGUAGGCAGGGGACAUUGCAGUCUCUGCUUUGUGGGUUUCAGAUAAUAAAUACCCUGUUUCCCCCAAAAUAAGACAUCCUCUGAUAAUAAGCCCAAUUGGGCUUUUGAGCGCAUGGCAAUAAGGCCAAGCGCUUAUUUCAGGGUUCAAAAAAAUAUAAGACAGGGUCAUGAAACAUGAUAGAUCUGUGCAAACAUUCAGUAGAGCAGUUUUUCAACCUUGACAACUUUAAGAAGUGUGGACUCCAACUCCCAGAAUUCCUGGAACUCCACACAUCUUAAAGUUGCUAAGCUUGACAAACACUCUAAUAGAGACUUAGUUUUAUUAGGAGCUAAGAUACAAUCAUGGCUCCCCCCACUCCAGUGUUUUGUAAUGUAUACGGUAUCUGUAUUUCUUUGUGCAUUGAGCAAUCAGCCUCUGCAGAUUUGUGCCAAAUUCAAUUCAAGAUAUUCAAUGCCUUCCUGUCUUGAGGGACCAUCCUUUUUAGACUUCCUGUUCAUGGAGAGGUUUGUUUAUAUUCCACUCAAAAAAACAGGGUCACAAGAGUGCUUGGUGUACAAGAUGAGGUGCAGGGUAGCUUGCAUACUUAUCCUGAAAGCUUGCAGGGAGUGAUAAUUGAAAUAUGGAAUGGAUGAACUUUUUCAAUGUACAUUUUUUCAGGCAGAUCUGUGUUUUAUUUUUGCAUACAUAUUUCUUCUCAAGAGCGAUGUUUUGAAAUCUGACUGAGCAGGUCACUUUCCAUCAAGAUGUUUUUUUUGGCUCAGUUAUUCCCUGUAAAUUAAGUACUUACCAAGGAGGAUUGCAUCAUUGCAUGUUCUUCCCUUGUCUUCUGUGUGUGUUUUUGUCAUGUGCAUAGGAUAUCCCAACAUGCUGUUCUGCUGCAGACUUCCUUUAGCUGUCCAGAUUUGUUGGAUUGCAACUGCCAUAACUCCAGCCAAAUUGGAGAAAGGUUGUUCAAAGUAUUUCACUAGUCUGAGGCACUGAGGCAGGGCCUUCCAACAAUAUUUAUUUUGAAUGGAAUAGAAAGGUUUAAGUACAACUAUCUCAGUGGCUAAGCAAUUUAGUCCUUAGUAGAGUGAAACCCAGUACUUCACCUCUUACAUAUUAUUAUUCUUAGUUUCAUUUUGUACAUAAUAUUAAACUGUUAGUAAAUAUUUAAACAUAUUAUUUUAAAAAAACUAUUUUGUGAGCCUCUUGAAUUUGGUUCAUAAUAACUACCUCAGAACAGGUGUGCAUGAGAAUUUAAUUCAGUUUGUUUUUUAUAAGACUCCCCCCAAAUAAGAAAAUAUUAAAGAGAUUAAAAACCUGAAUAUAGAAGACCACAACAAUGACAGAUUCUUCUAACAUUCAAACAAUAUUCAAAUUAAUUUUUUUUGAAGAUACCAGAUGUACAUGUGGCUGAAUUAAUUUAAAUGUUGAGUGUUUAAUACCAAACAGUAUUCUUGUCCCGUUAAUACAAAAUACAUGACUAGUUAACUGGUAUUAGAGGCAUUAUGCAUUUCCAACAGAUGUCAUGGGUUAUAAUGACUGAUACGCAUUUUUAUCUCAAAGAAAGUCUUAAAUAUUUCUGGUAGCUUUGUUAUGAGUGAUUAGAAAGCACAAGUUCCGUUAGUGCACUGUGAAAAGAAUAGCUAGAAUGUGGUAAUGUGCUCUUUUUCUCUCUCUAAAAUGCAAAAGUUAAAUUGGCUGUUGAAGAAAGUACAGAAUAGUCCAGCUGAGAGAGCUGGAGAUGAGAGGAAAAUAAUAUUCAUUCCAUCAAGAAGCAAUCUGUUCCCUUUCUCACAUUAGAAGUGACUUUCCUAAACAACCUGCAUGGAAACCCAGUUAAUUGAAAUAGAGCAGGGGUGUCAAAGUCAAUUUCAUUGAGGGCCGCAUCAGAAUUGUGUUUGACCUCGGCCCGGGGUGGGCAUGGCCAGCUUGAUGUCACUUGCUCCUGUGAUGGCUCAAGUGCUCUGCCAGCAAAAACGGGCUCCCAAUCUCCGUUUUCGGCUGGGACGGCCUCCUGUAACUCUCUGCCAGCAAAAAUAGAGCUCGGGAGCACCGUGGGACGGGCCUUUGCUGUUUCCAGGGCAGCCCCUCAGGCCAGAUCUAACCACCCCGCGGGCCUUGAGUUUGACACCCCUGAAAUAGAGCAUUUGUUCCAGCAAUGCUAGUUUACUCAGCAUUUUUGCCAGACAUGUAGAACAGAACUUUUUGUCUUAUCCAGGGUAGGAGAACAUCCCUGUAGUGAAAGGAUACAGAGGUCAAAUCCUGCUGGAUUUUUAAGUUGUAGCAUAGAAUGAGAGGAGCUGGCCCUUUGAUUUCCAGCAUGCUGGCUUUCCAUUGUAAAACUAGUUUUGUUUAACAGAAACAAUCUGGGAGGCAGGGCAUCUGGUAGGCACCAAGAGCCCAGAACCCAGAAGUAGAUUGCCUCCUUCCAAAUGCCUUGUUGGGGACCCUGAUAAUAGAAGGGUGGGUUAUGAUCUUAAACCAACAGGAGUUUAGCUGGAGUACUGAAGUAUCUACUAUGGGUACUGGUAAUUUCUGAGUGGCAUUCUCCUGCUGUUCCAAUUUUUAGGAAAAGUAAGUGUGCAAAUUGGGAUGUCUCAAAAAAUCCAAAGGAGCGAAAUGGCAAUUUCUCUUUUCAGUAAUUUUCUCAAACUGUAAAGUGUUUUGGUAAAAAUAUUGUUUUCAUAAUAGUGAUUUACGAGGUAUUUUGCAUUCUCACUUUGUUAUAUUAUGACCUUAACUGGUUUUUUGCUGUAUAUUAUAUAAUGAGAUGUAUAUUUAUUUUGUAUAAUUAAAAGA